AUGCUGGACAUGAGCGAGGCCCGCGCCCAGCCGCCCUGCAGCCCGUCCGGCACCGCCAGCUCCAUGUCGCACGUGGAGGACUCGGACUCGGACGCGCCGCCGUCGCCUGCCGGUUCCGAGGGUCUGGGCCGCGCGGCGGGCGCGGGGGGCGGCGGCCGGGGCGACGCGGCCGAGGCGGCGGACGAACGCUUCCCGGCCUGCAUCCGCGACGCCGUGUCGCAGGUGCUCAAGGGCUAUGACUGGAGCCUGGUGCCCAUGCCGGUGCGCGGGGGCGGCGGCGGCGCGCUGAAGGCCAAGCCUCACGUGAAGCGGCCCAUGAACGCCUUCAUGGUGUGGGCGCAGGCGGCACGCCGCAAGCUAGCCGAUCAGUACCCGCACCUGCACAACGCUGAGCUCAGCAAGACGCUGGGCAAGUUGUGGCGCUUGCUGAGCGAGAGUGAGAAGCGCCCCUUCGUGGAGGAGGCUGAGCGGCUGCGGGUCCAGCACAAGAAGGACCACCCGGAUUACAAGUACCAGCCACGUCGCAGGAAGAGCGUGAAAACAGGCCAAGGCGACUCUGACUCCGGAGCCGAGCUGGGCCCCCACCCCGGCAGUGCCGUGUACAAGGCCGAUGCGGGCCUUGGUGACCCUCACCACCACAGCGACCACACAGGGCAGACCCACGGGCCACCCACCCCACCCACCACCCCCAAGACAGACCUGCACCAUGGGGGCAAGCCGGAGCUGAAGCUGGAAGGCCGCCGCCUGGCGGACAGUGGGCGCCAAAACAUCGACUUCAGCAACGUGGACAUCUCAGAGCUGAGCAGUGAGGUCAUCGGAAACAUGGACACCUUCGAUGUACACGAGUUCGACCAGUACCUGCCCCUCAACGGCCACUCGGCCCUGCCCGCGGAGCCGGGCCAGCCCGCCGCCGGCUCCUAUGGGGCUGCCUCCUACUCACACUCGGGGGCGGCCAGCAUCGGGGCGUCCCCCGUGUGGGCCCACAAGGGAGCCCCGUCGGCCUCCGCGUCGCCCACCGAGGCGGGCCCCCCGCGGCCGCACAUCAAGACGGAGCAGCUGAGCCCCAGCCACUACGGCGACCAGUCACACGGUUCUCCGGGCCGUGCCGACUACGGCUCCUACGGCGGCCAGGCCAGCGUCACCACGGCCGCCCCCGCCGCGGCGGCCAGCUCCCUCACCAGCUCGCAGUGCGACUACACCGACCUGCAGGCCCCCGGCUACUACAGCCCAUACCCGGGCUUCCCGUCCAGCCUUUACCAGUGUUCCUACUUCCACCCUUCUCGUCGGCCCUACGCCUCGCCCCUGCUCAGCGGCCUCUCCGUGCCGCCUGCCCACAGCCCACCCGGCAACUGGGACCAGCCCGUGUACACUACCCUGACCAGGCCCUGA